AUAACAUAUCUGAGUCUGGCAACAACAAACAAAAUGUAAAAAGACGGAACUUGUUGCAAAAAUUGCAAAAAAAAAAAAUACAGAAAAUAUCUUAGACAAGCACGCGACAGUGCAGCAAUAUAAGAAGUUAAAGUGCUUAACAUACGCUCAGAAAACUAAAUGCGCAUUAAAAUGGAUUGUGAAGUGCCAGACAAGCAAAAACAUCAACAGCAUCAACAGCAACAGCAGCAACAACAACAAAGCACCAACAAGUUGUAUGCUAGAAAGCCACAGACGUCGCAACAACAACAACAGCAGCAGCACCAACAGGAAAGCAGCGAUGAUGAUGAGUUGAGCACAACGGAACGCAAGAAUCUGGAAUUCGCACAGAAAUUGGGCUACAGCGAGCAAUCGAUACACACGGCGUUAACGCGCCUUGGCUCAGAGGCUAAACAAAACGAGCUGCUCGCCGAGCUCAUCAAGUUGACUGCAGAUGCGCCCCGCCCACCACCCGCUAACAACAACAACAACAGCAACAGUAGCAGUAGCAACAACAGCAGCAACAACUUCUAUGGAUCACUGCGUCACAUUGUCAUCGAUGGCAGCAAUGUGGCAUUGUCACACGGAAACAACACUAUUUUCAGCUGCCGCGGCAUUCGCAUUUGUGUCGAGUGGUUUCGGCAGCGCGGCCAUCGACAUGUCACAGCCUUUGUGCCGAACUGGCGCAAGGAGUUGGCCAACAACAACAUUACGGAGCAGGAGCUCCUCUAUGAGCUUGAGCAGGAACGUGUUCUGGUCUUUACGCCCUCGAGGCAUUUGGAUGGCAAGCGUGUCUCGUGCUACGACGAUCGUUUCAUCCUCAAGUUGGCUGUGGAAACCGACGGCAUUGUAGUGUCCAACGACAACUAUCGUGAUCUGCUUCUGGAGAGCAACGAGUUCCGCAAAGUGGUGCAAGAGCGUCUACUGAUGUACUCUUUUGUGGAUGACAUCUUUAUGCCGCCCGACGAUCCGCUAGGUCGGUCCGGUCCCACUCUAGACAUGUUCCUGCGCACCCAGGCGCAGCAAAAGAUGCCCGAUGCACAGCAGCAAUUAUGUCCGUAUGGCAAGAAGUGCACCUAUGGCCAGAAGUGCAAGUUUCGUCAUCAGUCCACUACGUUGCAGCUACAGCGUUUGCCACUCCAAGUCUCGCACAGUGCACCGCUGCACAGCAACAGCAAUGGAGGCGGACCACAAUCAACAAGCAGCAAUUGCAGCACCAUUAGCGGCGUCAGUGGCAACAGCAACACCGCCAAACUGGCGGCACUUGCGCGCACCAAGUCGAAUACAGUUGAAAUCUCUCAGCAGCAGCAACAGCAGUUAUGUCAUUCCUUCAACAGCCAAUUGGAGCUGGAAGCGGAGUCAUCGCAGCAGCUCAAUCGUCACAAGAAACUGCAGCGUCAGGCAGCUCCACAACCACCAACUUCCGCCUUCAGACUGCUGGUGCCCACUUAUAGUGCACCACAACAGCAGCAGCAACAAACUCAACCAAUGAACAACAGCAGCUAUCAUCACCAGUAUCUGACGCGCACGCCGUCUGCACCGUUGACAGAUCAGCAUCAGGCUGCCAAGUUGUCGCUGUCACUAUCGAUGCCCGUCGGCCACAAUUUGGCCCAUCAUCUGUCUGCCUCGGAUUCGCGUAUCAACGAAGAGUUGCACUCGACGCAGGCUUCGCGCGAGGAGCAGCGACGUCUGUUGCGCUAUCACUUGAGCAGUCUGUUUCCGCAGCAUCAGGUGCACGCUGUGCUUCAGCUGUAUCCCGAUGAGACGGAUGCCAAGACAAUCUGUGCGGCUAUACUUAAUUUAUUUCCACAUAAUUAGACUUAUCAAUUAAACUAAGCAA